AUGUAUUCAAAUGAAGCCCUAAUCACUGCUGGUGCUAUGACUUCAUCAUCUCCUCCAUUUUUCAUUUCCAGUGAUUACUCCACUACUUGGUCUUCUCCUCAACCAUCUUCUACUUUUCCUCCUCCUCCUCCUCAUCAUGAUCAAUCUGAUCUUCCUCCUCCUUAUGUCAUCAGACCUUGCGGCGCCUGUAAAAGCCUCCGUCGACGAUGCGUCCCAGGAUGUGUCCUUGCACCAUACUUUCCCCCAAAUGAACCCCUCAAGUUCUUGGCUGUUCACAGAGUAUUUGGAGCCUGCAACAUCAUCAAAUUCUUGCAGGAACUACCAGAGAGUCAAAAAUCUGAUGCAGUGGAUUGCUUGGUCUACGAGGCGGCGGCGAGGAUAAAAGAUCCAGUGCAUGGAUGUGCAGGUGAAGUUUGCAGAUUACAAAAGCUUGUGAGACAGCUUCAGAUGCAGUUGGCUAAUGUACAUGCCCAACUUCUCAACACAGUACCAUACCAACAAGAGAGCUUCUCAUGUGAUCACAACUCAUUGAUAUGUAAGGAGAUGGAAGCUGAAGCUCAACAACCCUUACUGGAUGAGGACUUCAUGUUGGGUACACCAAACUUCCAGAUUUAUGACUGCUUCUCAUGUGACAACUCAUGA